AUGGCAGAGCUCAUGCUCAAAGCUCAGAAGCACAUGAACGCAGAAGAGGCUGUCUAUGCAAGGCGUACACGUGAUGGUUUCGAUCCCCAAGCAGGACCAUCACAGAUUGGCGAAUUCUCCCUAACAGACAAAAGAAGGAAAGAAGCUAAACACCAGAAGCAAACCAGAAAGGAAGACACAAGCAAAGAGCGAAGGGAUGGUGCUGCACCCCGGUUCGGCCCCAUUGGAGAGAUUAAGGUCAUCCAUGGGGGAUUUGCCGGAGGUGGAGAGUCCAGCCAUGCAAGAAAGGCCCACCUUAGAAAAUUGCGAACGGAGGAAUAUUUGAAGGUCAACACAAUUGACCGCCCAAGUAAGAUCCAGAAAAAAGAGGAAAUACCCAUAAUUUUCUCAGAAGAAGAUCUCAAAGGGAUCCAGAUCCCCCAUGAUGACCCUCUGGUCAUAACCAUUGUCAUAGCAAACUACCUCACACGAAGAGUAUUGAUCGACAGCGGAAGUUCAGCCAAUAUACUCUACCUUCAUGCAUAUGACCAGUUAAAGGUCGGACGAAAAAGGCUAAGGCCUAUGGCGUCACCACUAUUUGGAUUUGCAGCAUAUAAUGCAAUCCUAGGAAGGACGACUUUGAACAAGAUUGAGGCAAUAAUCUCCACUUACCAUUUGAUGAUAAAAUUCCCAACAUUAGAAGGAGUUGCCUGUAUCAGAGGAGAUCAGAAAGCAGCACGGGAAUGCUACGUUACUUCACUCAGAGGAGCUAACAUUACCAUGAAUAUAGAGAGUCUCGACACUCGAGAUGAAGAGAAACUCCAACAUGGAGAACCCGUGGAAGAGCUUAUAGAAGAACUUCUAGAGCCACGACAAUCAGGAAAGACAGGCAUAUCUCACAAGCUGAAUGUUGACCCCACUGUACGUCCAGUUAAGCAGAAGAAAAGAGCCAUUGCUCCAGAACGAAAUGAGGCGGCAGCCAAGGAGGUAGAUAAGCUCAUUCAAGCGGAGUCCAUCCGUGAAGUUCUUUAUCCCGACUGGUUGGCCAACGUGGUCAUGGUGAAGAAUGCUAAUGGCAAAUGGAGAAUGUGUGUAGAUUUCACCGACCUCAAUAAAGCGUGUCCCAAGGAUAGCUUUCCCCUCCCCAAAAUUGACUCUUUGGCAGAUUCGACUGCUGGACAUGAGCUUCUUAGCUUUAUGGAUGCAUUUUCAGGAUAUAAUCAAAUCCAAAUGCACGAAGGAGAUCAAGAAAAAACCUCAUUUAUCACUGAUAGGGGAUUAUAUUGCUACAAAGUAAUGCCCUUCGGUCUUAAGAAUGCAGGGGCGACAUACCAGAGGUUGGUCAACAGAAUGUUUAAGCAACAAAUCGGACCCAAUGUAGAAGUAUAUGUAUUUGACAUGCUGGUUCAAAGUGCUAAGGCACAUAACCAUGUUGAUGAUCUAGAAGAAACCUUCCAGGUUCUCAAAAAAUACCGAAUGAAGCUCAACUCAACAAAAUGUGCUUUUGGAAUCUCGUUAGGGAAGUUCUUAAGUUUCAUGGUGUCUCAGAGAGGGAUCGAGGCAAAUCCAGAAAAGAUUCAGGCUAUACUCGCCAUGCGUUCACCGCGGAAUAUAAAGGAGGUCCAAAAGCUCACAGGACUAGUUGCAGCUUUGAGCAGGUUUAUUUCACGAGCAAGUGACAAGUGUCAAACAUUCUUUAAGGUUUUGAAAAAGGCCUUUGAAUGGACAACCACGAAGGAAAUAGCUUUUACCCAACUGAAGGAGUAUUUGGUAUCACCACCAUUGCUGAGUAGGACUCAGGAUGGAGAGAAUCUAUUCCUGUACUUAGCUGUCUCCCCUCAAGCCGUCAGCACGGUUUUGGUUCGGGAAGAGCAGGGAACCCAACUCCCAGUAUAUUAUACCAGCAAGGCACUACGAGGAGCUGAGUUAAGAUACCCUAGAGUUGAAAAAAUAGACUUUGCAAUGGUAUUGGCAAAUUUCCUUGCAGAAUACACAUAUCCAGAGCCGGAGGAGCUCCCCAAAGAAGAACCCAAACCUUGGGUCCUUCAAGUUGACGGAUCAACAACUAAAGAUGCAAGCGGAGCAGGCUUAAUUCUAACAUCCCCGAAAGGACAACGCCUUAGCUACGCGCUUAGGUUUGAGUUCAAAACAACCAACAAUGAAGCCGAAUACGAAGCCCUAGUGGUUGGAUUGGAGCUGGCAAGUGCCGUUGGAGCUAGCCAUGUGCUGGCCAAAAGCGAUUCACAACUAGUUGUGGGACAAAUCCUCGGGGAAUACACCGUCAAGGAAGAGAUCAUGCAAAAGUAUGUGGAUAAAGUAAAGGCUCAAGUUGCGAAAUUGCAAAGCUUCAAUAUUGUCAGAAUCCUAAGGGAGGAAAACGAUGAAGCAGAUUAUUUGGCAAAGCUGGCCACGGCUAAGGAGGACGCUAUUCCACGGAAUACACCUGUAAGAUACUUAGAGUUGCCAAGUAUCAUCUCCCCAGAUAUAGAAGUUCAGGCCAUCAAUUACAGUGACUCAUGGACUGGUCCCAUUGUUGACUACAUAACUAAUGGGACACUACCAAGAGAUAAGGUCAAAGCAAGGCAGCUCAAGAUCAGAGCUGCAAAGUACUUGAUGAUGGGAGAUGUGCUAUAUAGAAGGAGUUUUUCAUUACCUUACCUGAGGUGUCUCACCACAAUGGAGUCUAUGCAAGCUAUGGAAGAGGUCCACCAAGGAAUAUGUGGGGAUCACUAA